CCGCCGGCGGAGGAAAGAGCGAUAGACGCCCUGCGCCCGAAGGAGUGCCUGGGCUGGGACGAGGAGGCGGGCCGGCCCCGGGAAGGCAGGCAAGGCGGCAGAGUGCUUCGAUCCGCGGUCAUGUCGGGCUCGGAACGGCGGCGGCCGGCAGGCCACAUCCGGUUGGAUAGCAGACCUACUUUAACCACCACAGAUGGAAAUCAGAACAUCACAGAAGUAGAUGCACUUGAUACAAGACAAACACUUGAUCCUGCAGUGCAAUACAAGAUGAACCAUCAAAGAAGAGGAAUUGCGUUAAUCUUCAAUCACGAACACUUUUUUUGGCAUUUAAGGCUGCCAGACAGACGUGGGACUCUUGCAGACAGAAACAAUCUGAAAUGCACUUUGACAGACCUUGGAUUUGAAGUCAGACAUUUUGAUGAUCUGAAAGCAGAAGAUGUGCUGCAGAAAAUUUAUGAAGCCUCUAAGGAUGACCACAGUAAUGCUGACUGCUUUGUUUGUGUGUUCCUGAGUCAUGGUGAGAAUGAUCAUGUUUAUGCAUAUGAUGCCCAAAUCAAAAUUGAGACAAUCACAGACAUGUUCAGAGGAGACAAGUGCCAGAGUCUGGUAGGAAAGCCGAAGAUAUUUAUCAUUCAGGCGUGUCGAGGUGAUAAACAUGAUGAUCCAGUUAUUGCUCGGGAUUCAAUAGACGGAAGUGAUGAAUCCAUUGUCAAUCACACCGAAGUGGAUGCAGCUGGUGUAUACACCCUGCCUGCUGGUGCAGACUUUAUCAUGUGCUACUCUGUGGCACAAGGUUACUUUUCUCAUCGUGAAACUGUAAAUGGCUCCUGGUACAUUCAAGAUUUGUGUGAGGCACUUAAGAAGCACGGCUCUUCCUUGGAGUUCACAGAACUUCUUACUGUUGUUAACAGGAAAGUAUCUCAUCGCAAAGUGGAUAUGUGCAGAGACAUUAAUGCUAUAGGAAAAAAACAAAUUCCUUGUUUUGCCUCAAUGUUAACUAAAAAACUGUAUUUUCAUCCAAAAUCUAAGUAGACUGUUACUUAACAAUGACAACUGUUAACUAGUACUCACUGCAGAACUGAAAAACACACCAUCUUAGUUCAGGAGACUAAUAUUCUACAAGAUUGCUUGCAAAAACACUGGGAUCAAAUAUUACAGUUUGUAUACAUAAUAGUUUUUAAAAUCUUAAAGCAAUUUUAAAGCUAGUAGUAGAGCUCUGUUCAUCUCAGGGAAUUUGGGAAAAGUUGACUGGUGCAAAACUAUUAAGAGGUGCUCAGAUUUUACUGAAAUUGGUACUCUAGAUUACUUUUUUCUUAAAAGUUUUUUGCUUGAUUGCCACCUAACUAUGGCACAUUUUACUAUUUCCAAAACAUUUCAGAUGUUGCAUUAGAUUAGCUUGUCUUGCUCCAAGAGCACAGUCUACAAGGAAUGUUUGUAGCGCAUCUUUUUAAAUCUGCAGACAGCAGUAUCUACCUUCCAAUUCUUGUGGAUUUAUUGAGCUUUUUAGACUAUUUUAUAUUUUCUCUCAACACUAAAAAGGAACUUAAUUCCUUGAAUACAAUUGUAGCAUUAAUAUAGAUAAAGAGCUUCUUUUUGCUUGCACAUCAUAUACUUUUGGGGCACAAUUACGGCUUGCUGGCAUUUUGCAUCCUCAGGAGAAAAGCAAGCAGUAGUGAAAUGAGGCCACAUACAGCUUGCUUUGCGUGACUUUGGGUAAGCUUGCCUUGUGCACAUCUCUAAAGCUAAAGCAAAUCAUUUCAAGGUUCCAGGCUGACUUACAACUGCUGGACAUCUCUAGGCAGCUCUGCAAAAUACAACAUAUGCAAACCUGCAUACUUCAGGCCUUGGUGUUGAAACAGCCUCUUCCUCCCCUUGGCCCCAGAGGGGAUCAGCCAUACUCUGUCAUUGUGUACAUAAAAGUGGUAGUGCAUUUGUCACCAUAGGACAUUUCACCUUAGGAUUGUUACUACUGCAGCAUCAGUAAUUUCAAUGAUACUGACUAGAAGCGAAUAUUUCUUUUAUUAUUUUUUACAUUAUUGGUACAUCUGCUUAACUGGGGAACAAUGGAGAACUCAAGCUGAGAAAGGUGUCUUAAUCCACUUUCCUGGGUACAAAAUAAUUGAUUUACUGGCUUUGCUUUAGUUACAUCUUCCCAUAAACUAUGUUCUGAGUCACAGAUAUUAAAUCUUACUAUGGCUACUUUUAAGCUUUGUAUAAAUCAUGUAUGUUUGAACAUUUUGAUAAAUUCUUUUGAUAAAAUGCAACAAUGAAACAUAAAUGAUUUUAUAGUAAA